AAGCCAAAGUAAUGCUUUCAACUGCAGAUCAGCUCCAUUCAUCCUUACCUGGUCCAGAUCCAGACAAUCCAAGAUGUCCAUAAGAUCCUACAACCAACAGACCAUGAGUGUCUAUGGAGGAGCAGGAGGUCGUGGCACCCGCAUCUCAUCCCAGAUGAACUAUGCACCCUCCUCAGUAGGCUUCAACCUCACCGAUGGGCUCGACCUCCAUGUCGGAGCCAACGAGAAGGCCACCAUGCAGAACCUGAACGACCGUCUGGCCUCCUACCUGGAGAAGGUACGCACCCUGGAGAAAGAGAAUGAACGCCUGGAAAAGCAGAUCAGAGAGUGGUACCAAAGCAGAACUGUGGUCUCCCAUGACCACUCCAGCUACUAUGCCACCAUCGAGGACCUGAUAGACAAGAUUCGACUUGCCUCCAAGCUGAGCGCCAAGAAAGUCUUAGACAUCGACAACGCAAAACUGGCAGCUGAUGAUUUCAAAGUGAAGUAUGAGAACGAGCUGGCCAUGAGGAUGACCGUGGAGGCUGACAUCGCUGGGCUGAAGAGGGUAUUUGAUGACAUGAACCUGAUCAGGAUGGAUCUGGAGAGCCAGUAUGAGUCCCUGAAGGAUGAGCUCAUCAUGCUGAAGAGAAACCACGAGGAGGAAAUGGCUAUGCUGAGGAGUAAGAUGGGCGGUCAGGUUAAUGUGGCUGUAGACGCUUGUCCUUCUACAGACCUGAACCAGGCCAUGACAGAAAUCAGGGACCACUAUGAGGGAGUGAUCUCCAAGAACCGUAAGGACCUGGAAUCAUGGUAUCAGAACAAGAUCAAAGCAGUGGAGCAGGAUGUGCUGACACAUACAGAGAGUCUGGCGACAUCCCAGACAGAAAUUAAAGACCUGAAGAGCACCUUCCAGAGACUACAGAUUGAGCUGCAGUCCCAUUUGAGCAUGAAAGCAUCUCUGGAAGAAAACCUAGCAGAGACUCAGGGACGCUAUGCUGCACAACUAGCAAACCUCCAGGAAACAGUCACAAGCCUGGAGAUUCAACUGUCCCAGAUCCAUGCAAACAUCGCCAACACAAAGCAAGAGUAUGACUUGCUGCUGGACCUAAAGACUCGUCUGGAGAUGGAGAUUGCAGAGUACAGGAGGCUGCUGGACGGGGAGGAAGAGAGCACGAAACAAGUGGUCACAAAGGUCAUCACCGUGGUGGAGACGGUGGUGGAUGGAAAGGUGGUUCAGAGCAGCAAGACCGUCGAUGUGGAUGUGGACGAGGUGGAGGGUUAAAAACUGGAAACACAAGCAAAAACCAAUAAACAUUAUGCAGUUGGACAGAAGUGUCUUGUUUGUUUGUAAUGAACAGAUCAAUUCCCUUUCUCAGCCUCUUUUUACUCCAUGUUCCAAGAGCUGGAUCUGGCUCAUUUAUUUCGGUAUUAGUUUCAACCUUUUCCCAGCUUUUCCCAGG